CUUUUCGUCUCUCUUCACACCCGGCCCCCCCUCUCUCUUUUCGUUUAAAAAAAAAUUCUGUUUACUAUUGCUUUUUAUAUUGAAUAUCUGUUUCUGGGUUUUAAUCAAUAUCAAAUUUUCAAUGAUGAUCUUUGAGAUUUUGAGUUGUAGUUUUGAUCUUCUUGCUUCGGUGAAGUAUCAUGUUACUGUGCAUUGUUUUGUGACUUUUCACGCUUGCUGUUGCACACAGUAAAUCACAUAGCACUGAUUUUGAUAUUUUCGAAUACCAGAUAUGAUUGGAAGUAUCUGGUGUGCAAUCAUAUCUGGUGUGCUGGAAGUUUUCAUUUCUUGCAUGGGCAUUAAUGUUACUUCAGUUCUAGGCGGCUUUACUGAAUGGUUCAGUGAAUAAAAAAACUUCAAUUUUUUUUUUUCUGAAAUUUUCAAUAUCUAGUAUUCACGAUUUGAAGUUAAUUCUCUGAUAAUUUUUGUAGCAAGGAUUUGGGUUUGCUUUGGUUAUGUAUGAUCCAUCAAAUAUUUGCAUCUUAUUCCCCCCAAAAAAAAGCACAUAUAGAGAAAGCUGUUAGAUUUUGCUAGAAAGCACUGAAUUUAAGGUGAUUGAGCUGAAAAUCGGAGGAUGAACAGACAAUAAAAGGACCAAGCAUGUGGUUUGUCUCUUGGCAGUCCUGCGAAAGAACGGCUUCCGAUUAUCGUAGGGAAUAUAAUGGUGCCUGCCUCCAGAUGAGAUUAUCCUACAGUCCUGCUGCUCAGUUUUUUCUCUUUCUUGUUCAGUGGACUGAUUGUCACCUUGCCGGUGCCUUGGGGCUGCUUAGAAUUCUCAUUUACAAGGCUUAUGAGGAUGGAAAGACAACCAUUUCUAUUCAUGAAAGAAAAGCUAGUAUAAGAGAGUUCUAUGGUGUUAUAUUUCCCUCUUUAUUGCAACUUCAUAGAGGAAUCAAUGAUGUAGAAGAGAGGAAACAGAAAGAGAUUUGUGCCAAUUACCGGAAGGAAGAAAAGAUGGACCGAGGAAAGCUCUCUGAAAUUGAUCUGGAGAGAGAAGAAGAAUGUGGAAUUUGCAUGGAGAUGAACACCAAGGUUGUGUUGCCCAAAUGCGGUCAUUCAAUGUGUAUGAAGUGCUAUCGAAAUUGGCGUGCACGGUCACAGUCUUGUCCUUUCUGCCGGGACAGUCUUAAGAGAGUUAAAUCGGGUGACCUCUGGAUCUGUAUCAGCAAAAAUGAGAUUGUUGACUUGUCAACAAUUACUGGGGAAAAUUUGAAGAGAUUGUUUAUGUACAUUGACAGGUUGCCUCUCAUUGCUCCAGACCAAAUAUAUGCCUCCUAUGGUCCCCAAUAUCGGUGAGCACUUUCUUACAGGACUGACAAUUUUUGUAAAUACUAGUUGAUUGUUUAUGAUGAUUGACAUUGUUUUUCCUUCCUCAAGAAGACAUUUUAGAAUUGUAAAUACAUAUUCAUGAUUCCAUGAAUUAUUCAUUCAGUUAGAUUUCA